UGGGAGCGGCAGCGGCAUGGCCGGCUGAGGCGGGCGGGAGCCGCCCGGCCCCGCUGCCCGAACCCGCUCCCCUGCCCCUCCGAGCGGCUGGAGGAGCCGCCCGGAUGAAGAGGAAGGAACGAAUGAAUGAAUGAAUGAAUGGCGGAGCGCCGCGCCGCAGCAUGAGGCGCCGGCUGAGGACCGCGCCCGCGCUCGUCCUGCUCUGCCUCGCCGCUCUCCUGGCCGCCGCCGCCGGGCUGCCCUCCAGCUCCGCGCCGCCCCCCGAGCCCGGCAGCGGCAGCGGCGGCCCCGCUGAGGGCAGCCCCAGCACCGCGCCCACGGCUCGGCCCCGCGGCACCGCCGCGCCCGCCCGGGGCAGCGCUGCCCCGGCCCCGGAGCAGCGGCAGGAGGAGGAGGAGGAGGAGGCAGCAGCGGUGGCGGAGGAGGAGGAAGAGGAGCAAGAGGAGGAGGCGCCCGCGGGCGGCGGCCCCGCAGGAGACCUGUGCAACUGCAGUGCUGUGGGGAGUGACAGUGCAGCUGGAUGCAACAGCACGACGGGGCAGUGCUCCUGCCUGGCUGGGUACACGGGGCUGCAGUGCCAGGACUGUGCCCAGGGCUUCUACCCGGAGCGGGGCGACCAGCAGUGCCGUCCCUGCGGCUGCAGCCCCAUCGGCUCCAGCAGCGCCCAGUGUGAUGGCUCUGGGAAGUGCCAGUGUAAAGUUGGUGUCACGGGCCUGAAGUGUGACCAGUGCAGUGAUGGAUACUACAGGUUUAACGAAACCACCUGUGAGCCCUGCCAAUGCAACAACCACUCCAAAACCUGCCACGGCUUCACAGGCACCUGCCUGCACUGCCAGGAAAACACCGAGGGGGACCACUGUGAGCUCUGCAAGGAGGGCUUCUACAGCAGCACCCAUCCUGCCCACGCCUGCCAUCGCUGCCCAUGCUCCACCGUGGCAUCCACCGGCACCUGCCAAAUAUACCCUGGUGAAACUGCCCCAAGAUGUGACAAAUGCAAAACUGGGUACACUGGCCCCAACUGCAACCGGUGUGACAAUGGCUACUACAACUCUGACAGCAUCUGUGUGAGGUGUAAUUGCAACGGGAACGUGGACCCGGCGCGCUCGCCCAGCGUGUGCCGGCCGGACAGCGGGGAGUGCAUCGGCUGCCUGUACCACACUGCUGGCUUCCACUGCCAGGAGUGUGAGGAGGGCUACACCCGAGACCCUGAGGGGACAAACUGCACCAAAAAAGAAGCCACUCCUGGCCCAGAAACAAGGGAGUUUACAACUUCUGCUCCAAAUGCCAGCAAGGCAACCUCAUUCUCAACGGCAGUGAUAAACAGUACGUUGUCACCAACAACUAUACAGGCCAUAUUUCCCAUCAGUUCUUCUGAAAACAGCACCUCUGCUUUUGCAGAUGUUUCAUGGACUCAGUUUAACAUCAUUAUUUUGACAGUCAUCAUCAUUGUCGUGGUCCUCCUGAUGGGCUUUGUGGGUGCUGUCUACAUGUACCGUGAGUAUCAGAACAGAAAACUGAACGCUCCUUUUUGGACCAUUGAACUCAAAGAGGACAACAUCAGUUUCAGCAGCUACCACGACAGCAUUCCCAACGCUGAUGUUUCGGGGCUGCUGGAAGAUGAUGGGAAUGAAGUGGCACCCAAUGGGCAGCUGACCCUGACCACUCCCAUGCAUAACUAUAAAGCGUAGAAGAAGCAGCGAUCCAGCUAUUCCUGAGUUAGCUUGAAAAAGUUACAGGGCUUGUUGAAGGGGUAUCAGGAUCCGUGCCAAGGCUCCAUGCAGAGGAAUUUGCUCUUCAGAUACUCUUGUGCUGGGCAGGCUGUAGCUUGCAGGUGAACAGAAAAAAACCCAGAAGUGUAGUAAAUCUGAAUUUCAGGUGAUGUGGUGGAAUGAAUUCAGUGCUCUGUUCUCCAGAAAGAUCCAUAGAUCCACUGUUGGUAAAGACUCCAUUAUGCUAAUCUUAAAACAUUAUUCUUUAUGAAGAGGUGUGGGGUGGAGAAAGCAAGUACCCCAUGGUUAUGCAGAAGCUACUUGAUUUCCAGCCAACCUAACACUAUGUCUGCAACCUUUAGCUUGAGAAGUAGCUCAUGAAUUAACAGUGGAUUUUCAGGAAACAGACCUUAGUCAAGGCUUCAUAUUAGUUCCUGAUCAAAAUUGGUUUGCAAAGGAGGACAAAAAAAGGGAAAUUGUUCACUGUACUACCAAGAGGUAAGUAGAGGAGUGAGUUGCACAGCUGAAAAAAAGUCACCAGAAUCAGUUUCCAGGAAACAGGAAAAAAAAAAUCAUGAAAACAUUGGAGUUAGGGAGGAGGUGAAGCUUUUCCCUUUCUCAGUAUUUAUACAGGGUGAUGAUGCUAUUGAAACAUAGCAAUCCAUUUUUUAUUUUUUCUUUCUAGAAGGAGUUCAUGAACUUGUAUAGUUUGUGUGCAAGGGAAGACAAGACAUCUCAGGGUUGCCGUGUAAAAAUAAAAGCUAGGCUUAAUGCCCUACCCUGAUAGAAAUGGUGUGUUCUGUAUAUAAAAUGUAAUAUAUCUUCUUGGAAUUGUAUUUGUAAUUAUUUGUAAAAAAGACAAAGCACCAACUAAAAAAAAACCAAAACAACCCAACAACAAAACCAUGACCCCCUCCCCACCUCUCCUGUUCCCCAAGUCAUAUUUUAUCAUCCUGAUUUUAAUUGUACAGCGGUUAAUGGCGUUGGUUAAAAAGGAAAAAAAAAGAAGAGGGUUGUUUAAAAUAACUGUAAAUUUGAUGGCAAUAUUGUUGGAGCUGGGACUCUGGCAAACACCGACUGCUUAAAGCUUUUCUUCUAGUCUUAUUGGCUUUCUUUUUUAAGACAAAAUGUGAGUGCUCCCUACUUGCUUCUGUCAAAUUUUCCCAUUCCUGUAAGUAUGGAGUGAAUGCCAGUGUUGCCAUGACUAGGGCCUAGUAGGUGUCCAAAAAUCAGAUGUACCCUUCUGUUCCUUGCUUUUAAAUCUUUAUCCAAAAAGCAAAUACACUGUCAUGAAUGCAUCGAGAGCCUGAUCUCCAUGGCCCAGCUUUGCUGAAGUGGCUGCUCAUCAGGUGAGUGGGUCUCAUUGCCACCUCUCCCAUGCUGACAAGGUGACAUGGAGACUUGCUGAAAGGCUGAGCACAGCCUCCUGGCCUCUUGGAGGGCAAAAGAGCAAAAAUCUCUUGGAUUUGGGUGGAAACCCCUCACUGAAGAGUUGGAAAGAGCUGAUCUGCUCUUCUAGGCCUCAGAGCUCAAAAUGCGUGGUGGCUUUCAGGAAAUUUGUGUAGCACAAGGUGGUGGUGGGGAAUUAGCUGUCAAAAAAAAACCUAGGGGGGACUUCAGGUUUUACAGAUUCCCCUGGUUUUUGUGGGAGGCUGGUGGACUGUUAGCAGAGGGAGAACAGCUAAGGGGCAGCACAUUACGUUUCAGCAGGGUGUGAAACAAAUAUUUCACCUGACUCGUGGCCGAGCUCCUGCUGCUGCUCAUGUUGGUGCUUUGUGGGAGAUUGAUGCUGAGGACAAAUGAAGCACCUGCUGAAGGUCGGCAGGAGCUGGCUGAUGCAUCCUCAGAGCCAGGCAAAAACCAGUAUUUCUCAAGAUGAGAAAAGGGAGGAAGAAUGGGAUGAUAGGUUAUUUGCUUUCUGGCGCUGCAUGGAGGCUUUUCUUGUGGUUGGAGGCUUUUUCAGCGGAGGGCAGGAAUAGGUGCUUUAAACACAUGCACAAAGAGGUCACUUCUGCCUCAAAAACCUGCUGCCUGGUCUGAAGAUGAGGCACAACAAGUAAAAAGGGAAACAGUAGAGAAUGAUCAAGUGUGAGGGCAGGAUGUGAUGUUGCAUCUAGCCUGAGCUGAUGGAAAAGCUCCUGGUGUCUCCCAGGGGCCUGGGCGAGGUCCCAUAGUUUGGGUAACAAAUUUGGCUGAUGUCAUUGCAUGUUACUUUUAGUUACAAAACGGGGGAGGAGUGGAGGAGAAAGUCUGGAUGCUGCUAAUCCUCCAGUUACUCAUCGAAGGGAAAGAGCAGAGUGGUGACAAAAUAGAGAAGUUCCUAAAAAGUGGAAUUAUUUAGCAGUGCUGGUUUAGUGAUGCACUUGCACUUGGUCACUUCAUGGUAGGGGGAAGGUAAUUUAGGAAGUGCUGCCUUCUGGGGCUAAUGCAGGCGAAGUGAAGGACACAUUGCUCACUUUAAUUCCAAAUAUUUUGGUAGCUCUUUUCAUCUUUGCCACAAAACAGCUCUUCCUCAAAUGUUGGUAUGACUGUAGGCUACUUUGUAACAGGAAGAGGCUUUGGUUUUUCUCUUCCUGCAGCAACAAGGACCGUCUGCAGAACCAGAGGGUGAGUUCAGAUGCAGAACCCUCCUAGUCCCUGCCUGCCCCAGCACAGGAGGUGUUUGCUCCUGGGCUGCUUCUGACCUCCCAGCUGCUCUGAACGCUUUGUGUUUGGGGCUGGGGUUUGUGCAGACAAGCUCAGGGUGCCCCACAGUUGGUCUGCAGGAGAGGGUGGUGCAGCCCUGCUGUCCCCUAUGGGACACACAUCUGGAUGGAGGGAUCUAGAUGUUCCCCACAGACAUGAUGGGAAGCUUGGCUCGGCAGGGGGGAGCUGGCUGCCUGGGUUUGGACAGCAGAGGAAAGCACAGGAUGUUCUUUAGCAAGGACUGGAGCACAGCAAGGAGGUGGCAUGGGGACAAUGCUUGUCAGAUGGCAGAAUGACUCGGCAGGAAAAUAACCAGCCACCUCCAGCCAACCAGAGGAACAACAUUCAUAAAAGGAGAUCAAUGUCUCAGCAAGGAAAGAAUAAACAGCUUCAUGUCUGACUUUGGUGAUGGGGGGGUUAGAUCCUUCUUGCUCUCUCCAUCAAUCAGGCAGCUGCCCCCUGGGCACCACAGGAGGUGAGGAGGGAGCUGAGCUAGUUACAUCUCCAGUCAGCUUAGGUUGGUGUCAUACUUGGUUGGAGUGCAGAGCUGAAACCCCUCUGCCAGGGGACUAAAGGACUGCCCACCUGCCAUGUGUAAUAACUUGUCACGAAGCUUCCCAGAUGCUGAAGUUUGCCCUACACCAUGUUAGGACAUGGUGGUGGUGGGGGGUAAACCAGGCUUACAGGGUUGCAUUGAGGCCCAAUUCAGAACUAUCAAGACAAAGGGAAGGCAUCUGGGUGACUUCCAGGGUUGAUGUGGCAAUACAGAUACCUGUGGCCACCAGGCAUCACCUUCUUCCUGGGCAUGGUGCGCUCUGGUUUCUGUGGAGAAAGGCAGUCAGUGGUGUGGUACAGCUGAUGUAGAGCAGGGAGAGGGUUUGACAAGGCAGGUGAGGGCUGGGUGAAGGUGAACAGCCAGCUCUCAAGGCUUGAUCCUCAGGGUUGUGAGGGCCCUGUGGACCCAGCUGGUCUGGAUGGGGUGCAUUCAGUCAAGUAACUGAAGACAAGAGAUGACAAUGGAGCAGAUAAAGGGCAAAAAGCAAUGAUGUGUCAAAGGCACGGGGCAGCCUGAGCGGCUCACAGCUUAGGAGAGCCUUUGCUAAGCACAGACUGCAAAAGACCUGCAGAAAUGUGAUUAGGUUAAUGUGAAUAGAUAAUCCUGAACCUUAGGAACCACUGUAGCUAGAAAUAACGGCAUGGAGCAUGAGCCCUGGGGAGCUGUCAGGAGAUGUCAUCCAUUGGAAUGAUAAUUCCCUUGGACCAGGCUGAGCAAACUUAGCAUGCUGGAAGCUAUUUAUGAAAGAGGAGGAGAUGUAUCCAGCUUCCUUCAGGUAUCCUGGGCCAGUUAACCACUGCGACACGGCACCUUCAUCUCAAGUGUUACGUGCAAUGUCAACGCGGCAGGAAGUUUGCACGGUCUCCUUUAAAUAAGGGAUAUAAGAUUGAAUCCUAAAAACGUUUCUUUUUAAAGCGAUUUUUUUAAUAUGAGCUCCCAUGGGACUCUGCUCUUCAUGUGUCAGAGGCAUGGAUUAAAAUAAGAAAAAUGUGGGCCUUAAAAGUUGUACUUGCUCCCAAGUGAAACCCAUCACUCCACAUCCAAAUAAGGUGUCUCCUCAGCAUAUGCUCUGCUCAACAGUGCAUUUCUAAAAAAAAAGUGUAUGAUUUGAAUAUAUGUCAGAAUUUAUACAGAAGAAUGUUAUUUAAAAUGAAUACAAAUAAAUGUAUAUAAUUUGUAUCUAUGCCA